AUGUCUUCGUCGUGUAAAAACAAACCUCUGAGUAAGGGUUUCACCACGUCUGGAAAGCUGAGGAGCCAUGAACAGAUAUACACAGGCGAGAAGUCUUAUGGAUGUUCUCAGUGCAGAAAAUGCUUCGCCCUCCCCCACUAUCUGACACGUCACGUACGGACGCAUUCCAGAAUCAAAACGUUUAUCUGUGGAAAAUGUGGUAAGAACUUUCAAAUUCAAAGUCUGAAGAUUCAUGACAGGAUUCACACUGGCGAGGAGCCAUUUGAAUGCAUGGAGUGUGAGAAGCGUUUCAGACGUUCAGCGGAACUCAAGAUCCAUCAGAAGAUUCACACAGGAGAUGACGCUGAGAGACCAUUUGAGUGUAAUCUCUGUGGGAAUUGUUUCUCCCUCAAAACAAAAUUAGCCAGACACCUACGGACACAUGUAACUGAACAUCCAUUCAAGUGCGUCAAAUGUGGUAAAACCUUUCCAGAUGAAUCCAAGCUUCAGACUCAUGAGAUCUUUCACUUAGGGGAAAAACCCUACAGCUGCUCAGACUGUGGAAAGAGCUUCACUCAUUCGGUAUAUCUCACCAUACACCAGCGUGCUCACACUGGAGAGAAACCCUACAGUUGCUCUCAGUGUGGGAGGAGCUUCUCCACCUCUUGUACUCUCAUAAAACACCAGCACAAGCAUUCGAAUGUUAAACCGUUCCUCUGUUUUCAGUGUGAGAAGAACCUCACCCGUUGCGAGCUUCUAAAGAGUCACCUAAAAUAG